AUGCGGAGGCGGCGCCUUAGGUUUCGGCAGGGUCACGCGCUCAAGCCGCCCGCCCGCCCGCCUCCGGGAAAACUACACGUCCCAGGGUGCCCUUGGGCUGAGCCUCCCCGCCCCUCCUCCCCCGAGCACGUCCUCCCGGCGUGGUUGACGCCUGCGCGUCCUCCGAUUACGACGCUCCGCCGCCCAUUGGCUCGCCGAGCCUCUUGCGAUGAUGACGCGCUCCGGGGCAAAGGGGAGGCGACGGGAGAGCUGAAAGAGGUGGCGAGUGAAGGCGGAGGGGGCGGGAUUCCCGGAGGCGCCGGCGGCACCGUGGGGACUCCCUCCCUCCGACCCCCCUCAGCGCCGGACACAGCUGGGCAGCGGAGUGAAGGCCGUCCGGUAAGCCGGGCUGAGGGGCUGGGGGGCUCCGGACUGGGGCGCCCCCUGAGGAGCGGGCGGCGGGGCCUCGGCCGGCUUCGCUGCCGGCUGACAUAG